AUGGGUCCUACACUCCCCAGUCAGAGACGGGCCAUCGUCAAGGAAAGCCCUGGGCAAGCGGUCAUCACGUCCGUGCCUAUGCCCGACGUGCCCCCUGGAUACAUGCUCGUCCAGACGCAAUAUGUUGCUCUUAACCCCGCGGAUUGGACCGAUAUCGACGGCGAUGAGUACAUCGGCUGCGUGGUCGGCCUCGACUACGCAGGGACCGUAGUUCAAGUCGGCAAGCAGGUGAACAGGACAUUUGAACCCGGGGACCGUGUGGCAGGCAUUUCACACGGGUGCAAUGUUCUGCAUCCGGACUAUGGAGGGUUCUCCGAGUACAUUCUCGUGAAAGCGGAUGCUCAGAUGAAAGUUCCGAAGACCAUGAACCUCGAAGAUGCGGCCUCUAUGGGUGUUGGUGUGAUCACAGCGAGCAUGGGUCUUUAUCAACAAAUAGGUCUUCCACUAUCUAGCCUUGAGAACGUAUCCAACAACGACUCGGAGUGGAUUCUGAUCUAUGGAGGAUCUUCAGCAACUGGAUCACUGGCUAUUCAAUUUGCAAAAUUGUCUGGACUGAAAGUCGUCACCACCUGUUCUCCCCGCAAUUUUGAUCUGGUGCGCGAUAUGGGCGCAGAUAUCUGGUUUGACUACCGUGACCCAAAUAUAUCCAGUCUGAUUGCAUCAGCAACCUCGAAUACACUGAUUUACGCUUUGGAUGCUAUAGCCACCGAUGAAACAGCGGCAAUUUGUGUGGCUUCCUUCAUGAAUCCGGCCGUCGCAAGGUCGACAGUUCCACCGAAAGCCAUAUAUGCUUGCACUCUCGACCCAUCUCUGCCACUGUCAACAUCUACACCGGUGGAAAAGAAAUUCUUUCUGGGCUAUACUUUUUCUGGAGAAGAGUUUCUGUUUGAGGGGGCUAGAUUUCCGCCUAUCCUAGAGGAUCACCAGUUCAUCAUUAAGAUCAUGGAGCUGGCGGAGCAACUUAUUCGAGAAGGAAAACUGAAAAAUCAUCCUCUUACUCUCAAUCUGGACGGAAAAGGCUUCGAGGGUGUGCUUAAGGGCCUAGAUUGCCUGAGAGAAGGGAAGGUAAGUGGAAGAAAAUUGGUCUAUUCCGUUUAUGAAAAGGAGGAUCGUGGUUACGAGAAAACGUAG